AUGGAUGAACUCAUUGAAGUCCCUUUUGGGAUUUCUUCAUCUCUCUUUAUAGCCCGUGUUAUCAUUAUUCAUGGUUUCCCAUUUCAACACAUUAAAUUUUAUCCGGAACUUGAAAAUAUUUACAUGUAUAUCGGUAAAAUUGUACAAAAUAAAAUUCAAUCAGUGAAUCCUGAAAGAAUCUUGGAAGCUAGCCAGAUAAGAGACAAAUUUGGUGAUAGAAAAAAAUUUCUCUACCGUGAAAUUAAUUCUCACAAUAAUAAUGCAAUUCUUUCAAAAGGGUUUAUGGAUGCAAUAUUUCAGGGUUCCUUAAAAAUGAAAUUGGGCUAA